CAGGAGGUGGCGGCGGGCGCGGGAGCCCGGGCCGCGCGGGACUGGCCGUCGGGGCCCCGGGACGGCGGCCCCGGGGGCGCCCAUGCCAUGGAGAAGCUGGCGGCCGGGCUGGCCGGCCUGCGCUGGAGCAUGGGCGCCUUCCCGCUCGACCUCAUCGUCAGCCGCUGCCGCCUGCCCACGCUCGCCUGCCUCGGGCCAGGGGAGUAUGCCGAGGGCGUCAGUGAGCGAGACAUCCUGCUCAUUCACUCCUGCCGCCAGUGGACAACGGUGACCGCCCACACCCUGGAAGAGGGCCACUACGUCAUUGGGCCCAAGAUCGACAUCCCCCUGCAGUACCCAGGGAAGUUCAAGCUCCUGGAGCAGGCCCGGGACGUGCGGGAGCCGGUGAGGUACUUCAGCAGUGUGGAGGAGGUGGCCAGUGUCUUCCCUGACCGCAUCUUUGUGAUGGAAGCCAUCACCUUCAGUGUCAAGGUGGUGUCGGGCGAGUUCAGCGAGGACAGCGAAGUGUACAACUUCACGCUGCACGCGGGCGACGAGCUCACUCUCAUGGGCCAGGCGGAGAUCCUGUGCGCUAAGACCACCAAGGAGCGCUCGCGCUUCACCACCCUGCUGCGCAAGCUGGGCCGGGCCGGGGCGCUGGCCGGGGUGGGCGGCGGCGGCCCGGGGGGCGCGGGGGCCGCGGGCGGGGGCGCCAGGCCCAUCAAAGGCAAGAUGCCCUGCCUCAUCUGCAUGAACCACCGCACCAACGAGAGCCUGAGCCUGCCCUUCCAGUGCCAGGGCCGCUUCAGCACGCGCAGCCCGCUGGAACUGCAGAUGCAGGAGGGCGAGCACACGGUGCGCGCCAUCAUCGAGCGCGUGCGGCUCCCGGUGAACGUGCUGGUGCCCAGCCGGCCGCCGCGCAACCCCUACGACCUGCACCCGGUGCGGGAGGGCCACUGCUACAAGCUGGUCAGCAUCAUCUCCAAGACGGUGGUGCUGGGGCUGGCGCUGCGCCGCGAGGGCCCGGCGCCGCUGCACUUCCUGCUGCUCACCGACACGCCGCGUUUCGCGCUGCCGCAGGGCCUGCUGGCCGGGGACCCGCGCGUCGAGCGCCUGGUGCGCGACAGCGCCUCCUACUGCCGCGAGCGCUUCGACCCCGACGAGUACUCCACGGCCGUGCGCGAGGCGCCCGCCGAGCUGGCCGACGACUGCGCCAGCCCGCGCCGCGCGCGCCUCUGCCUGCCCGCGCCCCCGCGCGGCCCCGCGCCCGCCCGCGCCCCCGGCCCGCCUGGCGACGGCGACCAGGAGUACUUGAGCCCCGACUGGGCCAGCGCUCCCGAGCCCGCCGCGCCGCCCGCCGAGAUCCCCUACGAGGAGCUGUGGACGCACCAGGCGGCCGAGGGUCUGGCUGAGGGCAGGGCCCGGCCGCCCCCGGGGCCCGACCUCAUCUCCUUCGGGGCCGCCGGGCCGCCCCGCCUGGAGCGCGAGGCGCCGCCGCCUCCCGUACCCCCCAAAUCCGAGGCGGUGAAGGAGGAGUGCCGCCUGCUCAAUGCGCCCCCUGUGCCUCCCCGGGGGGGCAAUGGCAGUGGCUGGCUCUCGGGCAGCCCCCCGGUGCCCCCACGCUUCCCUAAGCUGCAGCCUGUCCACUCUCCCAGCUCCAGCCUCUCCUACUACUCCUCUGGUCUCCAGGAUGGGGCAGGUUCCCGCAGUGGCAGUGGCUCUCCAUCACCGGAUGCCUACUCCCUCUAUUGCUACCCAUGCACCUGGGGAGACUGCAAGGUGGGCGAGUCUUCCAGCCGCCCACCCCCGGGACCCUUGCCCUCAACCACACAGCCCAGCCAGGCCUCCCGGGCCCUUGCAGAGCCCCUGAGCAGUCGAGCUGCCUCCCUCUUGGGGGCCGACACCCCUGUCAAGGCCUACCACAGCUGCCCGCCUCUGUUCAGGCCUUCUCACCCCCAGAAACGCUUUGCUCCGUUUGGAGCUCUCAAUCCCUUUUCGGGGCCUGCUUACCCCUCAGGCCCUUCAGCGACUUCCUCUUCUGGGCCCACAGCCACCUCGGGUUCCCUGGCUACCUCCAGCCCUGCUUAUUCCCCAGGCCCAGGCUCGCCAGGCCAGGCCUAUUCAGCUGCUCCCACCUCCUGUCCCACUUCCUCCUCCUCUUCCUCUGAGUGGCAGGAACCAGGCCUGGAGCCCUUUGAUCCUUUUGAGCUGGGGCAGGGUGGUUCUCCUGAGCCUGAGCUGCUGCGCUGUCAGGAGCCCAGAGCUGUGGGGGCAGCCGGCCCUGGACCUGGCCUUUCGCCACUUGGACCCCCCAAGGCCUUUGAACCUGAAGGUUUGGUGCUGCGGCAGGUUCCUGCCCCCCUGUCACCAGCGGCCCUCCAGGGGCCCGAGGCAGGUGGAGCACGACUCCUCCUCACCCAAGGGCGUCUAGAAGGGCCUCCUGCCAGUCCCCGGGAUGGGGUGACAGGCUGGGGAGGCCGGGAUGCCUGCCCCUGGCAGCCUCCUGCUGACCUGUCUGCCCUCUCCCUGGAGGAGGUCUCUCGAAGUCUGCGUUUCAUUGGGCUCUCAGAGGACGUGGUGAGCUUCUUUGCCCGAGAACGCAUUGAUGGCAGCAUCUUUGUGCAGCUCAGUGAGGACAUCUUGGCAGACGACUUCCACCUCACCAAGCUGCAGGUCAAGAAGAUCAUGCAGUUCAUCAAAGGCUGGCGGCCCAAGAUCUGACCUUCCCAGCUGUAGCUGCACAACUGGAAUGCUGGCAUGGGGGCCCUGGGGGCCAGCCAUGGGUCUGCAGGGGGACAGCACCUCCAGAGGCAGGGCCUGCUUGUGGGGAGAAUCUAUGCCAAGACUGAGGCUGCUAGGCAGCCACUCAGUCCAAGGGAGACACACUUGAAAUGGAGUUCUCUGGGGCCAGAUCCCCGCACGGGGACGUCUUGCCUUUGAGUGUGCAGAGUACGUGGAGAGGAGGCUGGAGGCACAGGUGUGCACCCCAGCCUGGUGACACAUUGCUGCAGUUCCCAUGAGGGGCAUCAACAGCUGGCUUGCAUGGUGACCUAACACCUUCCCAUGCCCUGCUAGAGCUUCACGGACAUCUUGCACUUCUCAAGCGCGUAGGUUCAGGUUAGAGACAGGGAAGGAGGUGGUCCAUAAUUUAAGCACAAAUUCCCCAACUGCCCUCUCUCCUCUGUGCUCUGUGGGCUGCUGGCCUAAGCUGCCCCAGAGUCGGGGUGCUGAUUUCUCUAUCUCUGGGAUGCCCUUCCUUUCCUCCUCUGCUCCACCACGAGUUAGUUAGGUCCUUGGCCCUGAGCACAGGUGUAUCAAGUACAAGCCUUGCCACUGCACCUCAGAGGCCCCACCUCUGGGUUUUGGUUCGUGGGUGACGACUUUGGAAGAGCACAGCUCUGCUGUUGACCUACUCAUCUGGUUAGGGAGGCAGAUGCUCCCUGACGUCUCUAGUGCCCUGGCUUCUGCCCUGAGCUCACUGCAACCAGCCCUCCAUCCUGCCAGGUUGGGUCCAGUCUGCGAAGACUCUGACUCAAUGGAAGAGCAGGUCAAUUGAGGU